CUUUAUUUCUGCUGUCCAGCAUCAAACCUGUCCCUACCGGGCACCAUAACAAGUUGUCACGGUCGUCGAGUCCCCCAGGCUCGGGUCCUGAUUGGUUGAUUUGCGGUCCCCUGGGCCACGCCUGCGCAUUCCCGAUACCGGAGAAGGAGUGGAUGAUGGCGGCGCUGAGGUGCUGCUUGUUUGCGGCUCGGCGAGGCUGUUGCUGUGGCUUUAGGGUCUGUCGCCCCUGCGGCGGGGACACGGUGUUUGGCAUGGCUUCUGGCUUGCUUUCAGUCCAUGGUAUACAAAACAUUCAGCGACAGCAGAGGAACCUUUCCUUGCAUGAAUACAUAAGUAUUGGAUUGCUAAAGAAUGCCGGCAUCUCUGUACCUAAUGGGAAAGCUGUUUCGACACCAGAUGAAGCAUAUUUUGCCGCCAAAGCAAUUGGUAUGAUGCUUGCACAGAAAAUGGGAUUUCCCGAUAAUGUGAUAGAAGAUGCAGCAGACAAUAUGAUCAAAUUAUACGAGCUGUUUAUCAAAUAUGAUGCCAGUAUGGUUGAGAUUAAUCCCAUGGUGGAAGAUGCCUCUGGGAUCGUGAUGUGCAUGGAUGCAAAGAUCAACUUUGAUUCUAAUGCUGCCUAUCGACAGAAGGAUAUUUUUGCCCAGCAGGAUUGGAGUCAAGAAGAUGAACAAGACAAGCAAGCAGCUGAGUUCAAUCUCAAUUACAUUGGAUUGGAUGGAAACAUUGGUUGUUUGGUCAAUGGUGCAGGGCUAGCUAUGGCUACAAUGGAUAUCAUAAAGCUUCAUGGAGGUAGCCCUGCCAACUUUCUCGAUGUAGGUGGUGGAGCAACAACUCAUCAAGUAAAAGAAGCCUUUAAACUUAUAACCUCAAACAGAAAUGUACUUGCUGUUCUGGUAAAUAUAUUUGGUGGCAUCAUGCGCUGCGAUGUAAUUGCUAAAGGUAUUAUUCUGGCUGUGGAGAACUUGGAUUUGAAGAUUCCAAUAGUUGUGAGAUUGCAAGGUUCUAAAGUUGAUGAUGCUAAAGCACUGAUUGCUGCCAGUAGUCUCAAGAUCCUCGGUUGUGAUGACUUGGACGAAGCUGCAAAAAUGGUUGUAAAACUUUCAGAAAUUGUGUCACUGGCAAAGGAAGCUCAGGUGAAUGUCAAUUUCCAGCUGCCAAUUUGAGACAUGCGUUGAAGAAAUAAUUUCGUUUCAUAUUCGCAAUUGCGGUAUACUCUUAAAAUGGUUUUUUGCUCUUCCUUUCUCUUUUUGAGGAGGCUAUAUUACUCAUGUUACAAUACUACACAAAAUGUAAUGUUGACUUGUUAGCAUGGCGUUCAUAGAUAUUUUGUUAAAUGUUACAUCUCCAAAUAUUCAGGAAGAGGCAGGGUUUGGAUGUAAUCCAGUUUAUUUUUUAAUAUCACCUAUCAGUUAUUUAAUGUUUGAAUGUAUGUUAACUGGCUGUUUAAAUCGCAUUGAGCACUGAUGUGUUGGUAGAUCCUGCAACAUAUUGAGUGACUGAGCACUUAAUUUCAAUUGGUCUGAUAAUUUUUGUAACCUAGCUUUCAACAAAGAACUUUGUACUUUUCAGUUUGUUGCACCAUUAAGUAUGUCUAUGCUCUCAUUUGAAAAGCACUGGAUGUUUUAUGGGAAUGCAUUUUUGGACCAGUUGCUAAUUCAUUAGUUACUACAUUGGAAUGGUCAAUCCUCUAACCUUUGCGCAUUCCUCCACUGCAACACGCAUCUCAACACAAGUGAAUCUAUUAUUCAUAAAUGCAUAACCAAGUCACUCCAUUUCCAUAAAGCAAUGAAUUCAAACUUGUGAAGUAAUGAAUGAGUUAAUCAUAUUGAUUGGAGGGAACACAGUCUUUUCUACAACAGAAAGUUUUGUUCAGAGGUGUUUGCUGCUAUAUUUUAUUUGACAUGGUAAACCACAAAUCAAAAAUUAGCUCAUUAAAAGAAACACGCACAUUAAAUUCCACCCUUGCAUAUGCAGCAAGGUGAUUCUGUAAUAUGUUUAAGCCUUAUAGGCUGUAGUUGAAACAUUUAAAUAUGUAUAUUGAAAAUCUUGUUAUUGUAGUCAAUAAUAAAAUAUAC